AAAAAUGUAACCUUUUUGGUGGAAAUAUUGUUGCAAAACAGGUUUGUAAUGGCAAUAGCAGCAGGAUAAAGAACUGAAAAGAAAAAGUAGAUUGUUUAUUUUCUGUCAAAUCCGAAUCAGAUGACCAGAUGACAAUUGUUUUUUUUGUUGUAUACUUCAUUUUUAUGCAUUAAAUUAAACUGUCAAAAUGGCAUUAAGAGGUCUUAAAGUUAUCGAGCUUGCAGGUUUAGCUCCAGCUCCCUUUUGCGGCAUGAUUCUUAGUGAUUUUGGAGCAACUGUCACACGAAUUGAUAAGCCUGACACGUAUACAGAUAAGGAUAGUUUGUCGAGAGGGAAGAGAUCUUUAUCUUUAGAUCUCAAAAAAACUGCAGCUGCUCACAUAAUUACUAAACUUUGUUCUACAGCAGAUGUACUAAUUGACCCAUAUCGACCUGGUGUGUUAGAAAAAUACAAUUUGGAUCCAUCUGUACUGUGCAAAGCUAAUCCUGCAUUAAUAUUUGCUAGAAUGACUGGUUUUGGACAAAAUGGACCCUUUGCAAAAAUGGCGGGACAUGAUAUAAACUAUAUAGCUAUAUCUGGAGUAUUGUCAAUGAUAGGUGGAAAGGAUAAACCUCAAGCUCCAAUCAAUUUGUUGGGUGACUUUGCUGGAGGUGGUCUUAUUUGUGCACUAGGUAUCUGCUUGGCAUUAUUAGAACGACACAAAUCUGGGAAAGGUCAAGUUAUAGACGCCAACAUGGUUGCUGGUUCAGCUUAUGUAUCUAGUUUCCUUUGGACCACAAAGUAUGCCAAUAUACCGAUCUGGUUAGGACCUCGUGGUACAAAUGUUUUGGAUGGAGGCACUCACUUUUACAACACCUACAGAACAAAAGAUGGAAAGUUUAUGUCUGUUGGAGCCAUAGAAACCAAGUUUUACUCUCUUUUAUGUAAAGGUCUUGGUGUGGAUCCAGAGAAGUGCCCUCAGUUUGAUAAUUGGGAUGAAAACAUAGAAAUGUUUUCAAAAAUUUUCCUCACAAAAACUCAAGAAGAAUGGUGCAAGAUAUUUGACCUCACUGAUGCCUGUGUGGCUCCUGUUCUACCAAUGGAAGAAGCUCAUCAUCAUCCUCACAACUCCUGCAAAGGAACUUUUAUAUGUUCUGAUGAAAAAGUUGUUCCUUCACCUGCCCCAACACUUUCUAGAACACCUGCAGCAGUGAAACUGACCGAGCCUUUGAAUGGACAACAUUCCAUAGAAAUUCUUCGAGAGGAAGGUUUUAGUUCUGAAGAAAUAAAGAAGUAUAUUGAUGAUAAAGUAGUUCACGCUUUAAAUGUGAAGUCUUCUCUUUGAUAUGAAUAAUUUAAUAUGUGUUUUGUUAGUACUGAGCUGUGAUAAUUGAUACUUAUAAUAGAUUUUAUGAUUGAAAAUGAUAUUUUAUUUUAUUUGAGUUGAUGUCAAAACAGGGUUCAUAAGUCGCAAGGAAAACCUGAACAACUCAGGGAAUUUAAAAUUAUCCUCAACAACUCGAGAAAAAAAAAUUUAAAUGUUUUUCUCAGAGAAAUUGCAAUUAUGGGAACUUUACCUACCUUUUUAAUAAAAUUCUUUUAAAGGAAAUAAAGUUGUAAUUCUUUGUUAGGAUUUUAGACUGCAAUUUCAGGUUAAGAAAAAGAUUUAUUUGAUGUUGAUUAUUAUGCAAUUAUUACUUGGAUGAAGGUUUUGAUUUACUUUUUGAAAUAAAGGUAAGAUUUUAUUUAUUUCAAGGUUUAUCGGGGUUGAUGUAGGGGUAAAUAUUAUCAAUGAAUCUUUUAAUUUGUCAUGUUUCUAUCACUAUUUCAGAGAUGCCAACUGCUCCGGAUGUGCCAUAAUAAUUUAAAAACGAUAAGCAACUACAAACUAAAAUUUGCUAAUAUUUGGCUAAUUUUCUUUACUUUUUAAACAGUGUAGUACGACUAAGCUGUAACAUAGUGACAAAUUAUAUAACCCUUUGAAUUUAUUAAACUAAGAAUCACACAUUAAUAAACUACCACUUGAAAAUAUUUAUUUGCUGUCCGGAGCAAGGUGGCAUCAUUGCUUUUUUUGUGUCUAAAUAUUACUAUUUUGUUUUCAUGAAUGAUGUUUGCUGCGAGUAUUAUUAUUAUCUUGAAUUAUAGCUCUGGAUAAUCUGGGAGUUUUUCUCAGAAGUAAAGAAGCACGAACCCUGCAUAAGUCUCUGUUAUGUUUGAAAUUAUACCAAUGUCUGAUUUCUGUGAUUGAUGUUUUGUUUUUGAUAAUUUAUAUAAAAACAAAAUAUUUCUUGUAAUUGUAUGAAAUUAAAUAAUGAUUUAGAAUCAUCAAUCGUUUAGUGAAUGUGCCAUGGUUGAUUGCAACUGAAAGCUUCCUCAAACCUAAUAUGAAAAAUGAACAUAAAAAUGUAAUGUGGGGAUUCUCUCCAGUGCGAUCACUCAUACUUAAAGAAGGCAUUCUUAGUAACACCGAAAUGUAUCUGAUUUUAUUUUAUUUUAUUAUAAUAUGCUUUGACUUUUUUCACAUAUAACUGAUGUGAAUCAUAGCUUUUUUGGUUCCAUAACUGCUGUAUAGCUCAGUCAUUGACCAUUUAAAAUAUUCUUACUAGUUAAGUACUAACAAAUAUAGUUUUUCCUCCAUGUGGUGCUAAAAUAAUUUAUUCUCGGGUGGAAAGUAUUUUUAAAAAAAGCAUAACUACCCCAAUGCUGAAUCAGGAACUUAAAUUUAUCUUAAGGUUGGGAAUUAUAAAACUUUUAAGAAUGCUAAGAGAUUGUCUUCAUGAAGUGCCCUAAAUAUACUGUGUAGAUUGUCAAUUAGCAUAUAAUAUAAAUUUAUACCAAAGCCUAGUAGAAAGUUCCUUUAUGUGCAAAAUUACUUAUUAUUUAAAAAAAUGUUCAGUAUCAACAGUGAUAAAUUUUGAGAAGUGUUUAUUUUUCAUGAUACCCCUAAUUAUCUAAAGUUUUGUUGCAGAAUUUAAGGUAUAAUUUUGAUUCCGUAUUUUAAGUUUAAAUGCUGCACUAUUCCUGUUUGUGAAGGAAAAAAGUGAAAGUAUUUCAAUUUAUAAGGUUAUAAUAACAUGAGAGACAUUUCAAAAUUUUGUUUUAGAGGCAGAUAUUACUAAAAAAAUGUUUUUAAGUAAUAAUCGAUAGGCAACUAUUAUUAAACAGGAUUUUUUUAAAGUUUUACUUGUACAUACUAGUUAAAUUUAUAAGUGAAUUUAUGAAAAAUAUUUGCUUUUAUAAAAUUCUUUUGUUUUUGUGAAAUAAGUUUUGAAUUCCCAUUACUGUUUAAAUAUUAUACGUCUGAGAAAACGGGAUUUAUAUGAAGUUCAUUUCUAUAAGAUGAUACUAUGGAAUAAAAAUAGCUUAUUUUCCUA